AUGACGAGAAAGAAGACGAAGACGAAGAGGAAGAUGAAGAGCAGGGCGGCGGAGAGGAAGAAGAAGAAGAAGAAGAAGAAGAAGAAGAAGAAGAAGAAGAAGAAGAAGAAGAAGAAGAAGAAGAAGAAGAAGAAGAAGAAGAAGAACCGACAAUAUCGGAUGCAAGACUGGCCGUCUUCGCACAGACUUUGGGCCUGCUCAUCGGGGGACCUCUCUUCGGGAAGGGCUUUGCAGACCGUGAGCCAUUGUUCGCAGCUGUGA